AAACAAUAACACACGAAGCGACAACGAAAACGAAGUGAUCGGAAAAGAGUCUUCAUACUUAUAAAUAUAAUAUUAUUUUUGUGUCUCAAAAAGCGACUUUUAACCUUUUUAUUUGGGUGAUAUCUGUGUUUCGUUUAAAAUUCCAGUUCAAUUUUCGAUUUAAUAUUAUUAUUUGGUUUCGUUUCUACAUAUUUUUUACUGCUAUUUCAAAACAAACAUCACAAAAUGAUUUUAAAAAUGCCAUCAGCUGGCGGCAAUGGCCACAGUGAUAAUUUAUACGAUGUUGACAGUGACGAUUUCGAUGCAAACGAAAUCGACAGCUCAUUCGACGACGAUUUUUCCGAGUAUCUGUGGAUGGAAAACGAAGAGGAAUUCGACACGGAAGAAAUGAAGCGGCUGGAAGAGGAGGCACUAAUGGAACAGUGUAUUGAGGCUAUGCUUGAAGACGAAAUCGAAGAGGAAAUCGAACGAGAAAUUGAAUCACAAGGUCUUUGUCAUGUAUUGGCAACACUACAAUUACAGGUAGCGAAUACAGAAACAACUAAGUUAAAUCCCUUAGCUAAGGAAUUUGUACCGUCUAUAUCGACAACAACGUCUUCGACUCAAUGCUAGUUUAUAUAUAACAACCAUAUGGAUUGCAGAAAAAUGGCCACUUACACAUUUAUUAUUGCUGCAGAAUUUUAAUUAUUUUUUUAAAAUUUUUAUUUUCAAUGCAGUUUAUCAUUGUAUACACACACUCUUCUUAGGUUAGAUAAGAAUCUAUGCGAAACAGUAAUUCCAAUUAACCAAUACUCUACCAAAAUUUUAUUCAUUCAAUAGAACCCAUAAUGAUGUGUGUAGUCCAAUCGACUAACCCGGUAUGUAAUAAUAGAAAAAAAAAUAUGAAAAGCUCUAAACCUAUAAAUAAAAAGUCAAAUCAAAUUUAAAAAAAUUAAAAAAGCAAAAAUAAUUAAUACAAAACAAAAAAACAAACAAAAAAAAACUCAAAGAAAAUCUAAGUAAAAAGCAACAAAAAAAAAAUAAAAAAAUAAAAUGACAAAAUCGAAAAAGCAACAAAAAAAAUUCAAAAUAAAAAUGCUGUUGAUUAAUCUCCAUUGUACGGAUGUUUUAAAGAGCGCGCUCAUUUGUCGAUUUAAUUGCAAUAAUUUUUUUUGUCUUCGUUUUAAUUUCUUUCAAUUAUUUAAACACAUUAUACAAGUGACUUUUCUCGUCCAAUGUAAAUCAAAUUUAUACAGGAGAGAAGAAAACAACAACAAAACAACCAAUAGGAAGCAAACAUUCGAUGUUUAUUAAUUGGUAUAAAUCAUAUUACUAAACGUUUCAAUUGAAUGAGAAUAACAUUAAUAUUAUUUAUGCGAUGACGGGGGGAGGGGGUGUUAUACAUACAACAACAACGAUAUGACGUACAGACAAUGCAUAUAUGUUUUAGUAUUUUGCAUUAAUUAAUUAAAAUCUUUCGUAGUGACUGGUGGGGUAGGUUUUUCAUUUUUUAUUUUUAUUUUUUUCUUCGUUUCGAUGAGACAGUAAAGAAUUGGAUAGGACCACAUUUCUCUGUGCUAAAAGCAACAAAAUAAGCUUUAAAUUCG